AUGAGGAGUUGGGGGUUCCCUUUGAGGAUUUUGGGAGAGAGGCCGCAGUGGCUCUCGACUGUGGGAUCCCUUCCUGCAUUUGACACUGCGUCCCCUCUCCUGAAAAUCCCAUUCGAUGACACGGACACGGCGGGCUUCUUUCGGUGGGACUUGUUCCACAACUUCCACUUGGGGCUGGGGAAGACGUUCGUUGCAUCGGCUGUAUGUUGUGUCUUGGAGCUCUUGAACCCAUUGAGUCUUGAAGCUGCAUUCAAAGCGCUGACAGAAGACUUUGCAGCAUAUUGCCAAUGGAAGAGACAAUCUCCGUAUCACAAGAAGUUGACUUCAAAGUUCUUUGGUGUUGAGGCCUCUUUCCAAGACUGGCCGGACGCUGGGUGGAGUAAGGGCGACUUCACUCGGCUCAUGUGUCAGUGGUUUGAGGACUACUGCUCCAGGGAAGUUGUUGGGCACACUGAGGACCCGUUGUACUUGAAGUGUGCGGAAGCGGUAUGCGAUGCAAAUUACUUCCUCUCUUCUCUGUACCAUCAGGGCCUGUUCUUGCGGGCUCCAAAGGCUGCUGACAUUGCCCAACGAGGAUUGAAGUUUCUUCGGGAAUAUACGGUGCUGGCACAGAUGAGCUUCAGGAGGAAUCAAAAGCGUUUUGCAUUGAUUCCGAAGGGCCACUAUUUACACCAUCAGCUGCUAGAUCUUUUGCACCAGAGCCGCAGGUGCGACUGGUGCCCGAACUUGCUGUUGUAUGGUUGCCAGCUGGAAGAGGAUUAUGUGGGGAGACCCUCCCGGCUGAGCCGGAGGGUCUCCCCAAAAACCGUGCCGCUAAGGGUUUUACAAAGGAGCUUCCUUGCAAUUAGAAGUGCGUUGGGGGAUGAAGCCGAUGAUGCUUCACAAGAUGUUCCAACGAAAGGAUCUGCUUAA